AUGACCUUCUUACUCCCUGAGCAUAAAGCAGCUGUACAACGCUUCCUGUCUGACGACGAGAUCAUCGAAUCCUCCUCCGAGAAGUAUGCUGCGGAGACAAUCUUCUGGUCGACGUACAAAAACCCCAAGCCGCAUCUAGUCCUACGGCCAAAGUCGCUGCCUGCGCUCCAGAAAACGGUCCAGUAUCUCUGCGGAUCGGACUUGGACUUCGCUGUCCGGUCUGGAGGGAACAAUACAGCCGGCGCACAGGAUGUCGAACUGAGCAUGAAAGCUUUUGACUCCUUCGAAUACCACACUGAGUCUGAGACCAUCACGAUCGGGGCUGGUCAGACCUGGGGUGAAGUGGACAGGAAGCUUGAGGAGGCAGCCCCUGGAUUUACAGUCCUGAGCACUCGGGUCCCGUUCGUCGGGGUUGCGGGUUCCCUUCUCGUUGGCGGAUUUUCUUGGUUUUCGGGCGAGUUUGGUCUCUGCUCAGAUCCGCAAACUCUCCUGGAUGCCCAUGUGGUGCUUCCAGAUGGUAGAAUGCUAUGGGCGGCGACGGAGCCAGAUCUCCUCUGGGCCCUUCGUGGUGGAGGAGGGAAUUUCGGAGUUGUGUCAACCUUCAAACUCAAGGUCUACCGUUGCUCACAGAAGAUACAUGCGGGAACUAUUGCCUUUCCAAGGACUGCAGUGAAAGCCGUAUCUCAGGGGGUGUCCGAUUUCGCGAGCAGAUACACAGACCCAAAGAUCGCGGCACAUGUUUCAGUUACGAACUUUGCAUCCCCCGACGACAGAAAAGAAGCUACAAAACCCGAUGUCACGAUGCAUAUAUUCGAUUCCCACGGAGAAGAGCAUGCACGGAGUGAAUUGGGUUUCAAAUGGGCUUUCGACAUCGAGGGUGCAGUGGACAUGACGAAGGAGCUCAAGAUUCGUGAAGUCAACGAACUUACAGCAUCAUUGCGUUUCGGAGACCACAACCACUCGGUGUUGUCUUCACCGCUUGUCGACUCUAUUGAUCCCGACUUCGUCCUGAGGAUGGCACAGUUCCAUGAGCGGACCGUAGAGGCGAACCCGGCCUUUCGAGCGGGCACCUUCGUCAUCCUGGAGCUCAUGGGAAAGAAAACUUUAACCUCCGCUGGGGGCCCAGCGGCGACAGCUUGGCCUCGCACGAAACCUCAACAUGCUCUUCAAUUGGUAUUGGGAUACCAUUCCGACACGGAUUGUUCCACGGAAUUGGCGUUGGAGCUCUUGGAAAGGGGCCCGACGGAAAUUGCCCCUUCUCACAAGCCCAAUGAAUUUUGGCCAGCUUUUCUGCAUGGGUUCCAUGAUUUGAGCCAGAUCUUCGGGCCAAACUAUGAGCGACUCCGUCAGAUCAAGACAAAGUAUGAUCCUAAGGGCAGGCUGAAUAAAGGGUUUUUAAUCCCUCCGUAUCGAAUGAAGCAGCCGUGA